CGUAGUCGCAAACGCGGUAGGUCAUAAACGACGAAAUUUAUGAUUUCAUUUAUGAUCUUUUCAAAAUAAGGGAUUAAUAGGUUUUUAAAGACUCAGCUGUAUUGAAUUUGCGAGUAUAAGGGAAGGGGGCGAAGAAGGGAGAAUAACUCAGUAUAAGUAUCAGUCCUCAGUCUCAGUGUCUCAGUACGUUCUCGAUACGGCAACAGGCAACAUCGCUUCAGAUCCUGUCAAUACUGACUGAUAAGUGCAGUUUGUUUAUAAAUUUUAAGGCCAUUGCUAUUUGAAUGGUAAUUAUCGUAAAUAAAUAGAAAAAAGUGUUUCGCGGGGUACGAAGACGAACUUGAGUUACGUGCGUGAAUUGUAUUCCUUGUGCAUUAUGAAAAUGUAACGAAAACUGUGCGUGUGUCUGCAGGAAAAGGACGACGACGGUGAUUCUGAGUGCGUUGAGAGUGCAGUGAGCGAAAAUUAGGUUAAAAUAAAUAAAACCCAGUGUCCCACCAAAAAAAAUCAAGGAAUCAGAGGUGCUUCGCGUUGGAACUUGACGGUGUCGUGGGCUGCCCUUUAGCUAAGGCCAGAUAUGGCUGUGAGGAUUAACCUUGAACUAGGCCAUGAGGCUUCGAUUCGCAACAAGAGGACCCAGGAGGGCUUCACACACGAUUGGGAGGUGUUUGUCAGGGGCUUCGAUGGGGCAGACAUCCAAUGCUACGUAGAGAAGGUGGUGUUCUACUUGCAUGAAACAUUCAACAAACCAAAACGGGUUUUCAAAGAACCACCAUACUCUAUAAAGGAAUCUGGUUAUGCUGGUUUCUUGCUGCCAAUCGAAAUCUAUUUGAAAAAUAAGGAGGAACCCAAGAAGAUAAAAUACAGUUAUGACCUCACACUGCAACCCUCCGGCCCUGCCAUUUACAAAGUGCAGAUGGAAAAACAUGUGUUCACGAAUCCCACUGAUGAUUUCAAGCACAAACUCCUCAAAGGCGGUGGAACAAUUGUUAAUUCGAACAAUUCAAUGGACAUGAAUGACGUGAAAAUGAAUUCGGACGACAAGAAUCAGCUAGUGAACAAACCCAAGCUAGGAGGCUCAGAUAUGCAAAAAAAAUAUAAGACGAAGAGCGACGAGGAGAAGACAAACUUCCACAGUCUCUUCGGCACGCCAAUCAAGAAGUCGUCCAAGAUUUCGCCAGAUCCUGCAAAGGUUCCCACCAAAGAUAGCUCUAAAUUGAGCAGCAGCAGUAGUAAAGAUAGAGGAUCAGGAGAUAAAGAUAAAAUGAAGAAUAAAAGCCCAAUCAAAGAUAAAGAUAAGGAGAGAGAUAGGGACCGAGCGAAAGAUAAGGAAUCGUCGUCGGAGAGGAAGAAUAAGGAUAAAUCGAAAGAUAGAAACAAGGAAAGGGAUAGGAGCAAGGAGAAGAGCUCGUCGAAGAGGCCGAGGUCCUCUUCGCCGAAGAGGUUGCCAAGUCCGAAGAGGCCGGCCAGUCCAAAAGUACAGAGCCCUUCUUUACCAAAGCACGAGGACAAGCAACGCAGCAGCGAAUCAAUCGGAAAACCAAAAGAUGACAUAAAGACUGAGAAAAAGUACAAAAAGGAUAAAUACUCCGAUAAGUACAAAGACUCCGGCAAGGAGCACAAGAAGGAGUCGUCGAAGGUGAUGAGCGGCGACGUGAAGGAGGGCGCGACGAUGUUGACCUCCAUCCAGAAGGAGCUCAGCCCGAUGCCGUUGAAGAUGAAAGAGAAGCCCAAAGAACUGGUGAAGGAUAUUGUCUCCAAGGAGACGGAUUCGAUGAAGUCGAAAGACAAGGCGGACGAAAAAAAGGAAAAACAUAAGCAUAAGAAGAAGGAUAAGGACAAGGAUAAGGAUAAGCGUGAGAAGAGCAAAGAGGAUAGGCACAAGUCGGAGAAGAGCAAGGGGAACAAUAGCCUGAACAACGUGCACAACAAUAAAUACGAUGCGACGAAGGAAACAGAGACGAAGACGAUGGUGAGUCCGAUGCCCGAAGCGCAGCUACCGCCGCUUCUGGUUUCGCCUCCAGCACCUGCACCAAUCAUCGCAUCGGCGACGAGCAAAUCGCUCAAGCAACCGUUGUUCUCCGAGAACGAGAAUUCGAACAGCUCGUUGAGUUCGAAGGAGGAGACGGCAGCCGCGUACGGCAGCAGCCCCGCCGUCCCAGCGCCGCCCAAGACCGAAUCACUGUUCGACAGUCUUCCAAAGGAUCAGCUGAUGUCUGAUAAGAGUAAGCCGAAAAAGGACAAGUCCCGCAAGAAGGACAAAAAGAGCGAUAAGGAGGAUAAGAAGCGAAAGCGAAAGCUGCAGAUCGAGGACGACGACGAGCCGGAUGCGAAGCAUUUCAAGCCGUCCGCAACUGUUGUGAACUCCAUUUCCGCUGUAGUCGGUAACGUCGAUUCGGAUGGCGACCAGGUGAUGGCCGAGGCGCACGCUUCCACAGAUUUGGAUAAAGAGAACCAGGAGAACCCUGAGGAUUACAUGAGAAUACUGCGCGAGUUGCAGCACAAGAUAAUGACGCUGCAGGACAACGCGGAGCUACAGAGGGUCGUGCAGCUGAUCGCCGAGACUGGCAGGUACGAAGUUUCGGCGCGCACUUUCGACUUUGAUCUGUGCCUGCUGGAGCGAUCCACGGUGCGACGACUCCAAGAGUUCUUCUCGUUAUCCUCCUCUUCGUAAGAUCCAAUGCGUGUCUCUAUAUAUAUAUAGUUGUAUUAAUAUCUAAUAUCGCGAUCCUGUUAUUAAUAUUAUUAUUACUAUUAUUUAUAAAGUACGUGUGUCCGCGGGCGCGUCUCGUUCCGUAGCACCAACGCCGCGCCACGCCCCUCCCAUAGCAACAAGCUAAUCCACAUAAACACGCGCGUGUCAGCUACAUUGUCUCCGCCCAUUCCGUUUACUUCUUUUCUCAUUGGUCCCGAACGAACGAGCGAGCUGUUAAACAAUGAUAGUGUGCCAUGCAAUCCAACCGCCCUGCGCGAGUGAAGAACCUUAACAACGCCCCCCAACAUAAAUAUUAUUUAAACAUUAAUUAAUUUGUAAAUAUAUAUAAUCUCGUGUACAACCAAUUGUUAUCGUCGUGCAAUACUCGGGCGAAGGUGAAGCGAGCGAACAGAGACGGAGGAUGAAUAUAGUGCCCCCCUCCCCCCCAAUAUUAGUGCCUCACAAUUAUCUCUUCGUUCUGCAAUAUAAGCAAGCAAAUGCAAAAUGCACAUAUUCUAUAAAUAAAUAAAUAAAUGAAAGCGAAUGGACGUUAUAUGUAAUAUUUAUGAUAAACUGAUAUUUUUAUAAUUACAAUAAUAAUAAUAAUAUCAGAAACGAGAAGCAAUAUUUUAUGCGAUCGAGAUCGGUUAAUUCUUCAAUUCGAUAUAUCCUGGGACGUGUAGCUAACACGUUCAGACAAAGAAAUGAUGAGAUAGAUAUAUUAUUUAUGGUGCCCUGUUUGUUUUUCGCCAAUUCGUAUUGAUGAAACACUCAAGAAAACGGGAAAGUAACUAACGUAAAACAUUGAUAAAUAAACAAAAAUCAAAAAGAACAUAAUAAUAAUAACAAUAACAG